GAGACAGCCGCUACGUCACGACGCUGGUCAUGACGACACGGCGAGUAAAUGUUACUGUUUUGUCACCCAUAUAACAACCUAAAGCAUGUGUCAUUUUAAGCCAACAUUUUAGGUUUUGUUUCUGUUGCUCAAUGAUCUUUUGGUAAACCUUCUAGAAAAUGGUAGUAACUUGAACUGAACGUGUUGUUCGUUAAAAGUGCCUAAAGUUAUUUAUAACUUAGCACGGAGCUCGGAGGUGAAAUAAAACUGCACGUUCAGAUCCUGUUUUCAGAGUGGUGAGAGAACAACAAAAAGAUGUUGUGUCCACGCCCAUUCAUUUUUGAUAGGGUCCUGAAGUCUACAGUGUCCUUCACCUGGAAGUAUUCAGUGGCUCAGAUGUCCCAAAGAGGGAAGGUUCCUGCUAUGGCUGAAGUUCGCAACAGGCUGAGAGAAGUAGUCGGUGCAUCUACCAACUGGCAAGAUCAUCAGCAAGUGCUGUCCGAGCGUGCAUCACUAAGCCAGUAUCUUGCUCAGAGUCAGGAACAGCUGCCUCCAAAACGAAUGAAGGAUAGUAUGAUAGAGGCGCAUCUUCCUCUGGGUUCCCAGCCUGCUUUGAGAGAGAAAUAUCUUAACUCUCACAACAGUGUCAGGUUUGGUCGGAUUUUGGAGGACUUGGACUGUUUAGGAGUGCUCAUCUGUUACUCUCACACAUGGAACGAGGAGCUGCAAAGAUCCCCGCUGUCUAUUGUCACCGCCCUAGUGGACAAGAUCGAUAUGAGACAAAACAUCAUCCACCCUGACUGUGACAUCAAGUUCACAGGUCAUGUGACAUGGGUUGGUAAAAGCUCAAUAGAAGCUACAAUGCACAUGUCUCAGUACCAAGAUGGUGCGUACACGGAUGUAUUAGAUGCCACGUUUGUCAUGGUGGCUCGAGAUCCUGAAAAUAAAAGGGCAGCUUUUGUAAACCCACUCAAACCUGAGGGUCCAGCGGAAGAGGCCAUUUUUCAUCAGGGGGAAGUUAACAAGACGAGGCGUGUGGAGCUGAGCACAGCGUCUCUUCUGAAAGUGGCUCCCACAGCUGAGGAGAGGACUCUCAUUCACAACCUGUUCCUCAACACUCUAGACGCACGACGUGUGAGUUUUCGUGGUCGUAUUCUACCACCAAAUUCGGUGUGGAUGGAGGACGCCAAACUCAAAGGGCUAGAGAUUUGCCAUCCAGAGGAGAGAAAUAUCUUCAACCGGAUAUUUGGUGGUUUUCUGAUGAGGAAGGCCUAUGAACUUGGUCGAGCCAUUGCCUGUGUAUUUGCUGGAUGCAGACCAACUGUGGUGGCGGUAGAUGAUAUCUUAUUUCGUAAGCCAGUUGAAAUAGGUUCUUUACUUCUGCUGUCUUCUCAGGUUUGUUACACAGAAGGGAUGCACGUCCAGGUCAGGGUUCACACAGAGGUUCUUGACCCAUUGACUCGGCAGCACAACACCACCAAUGUGUUUCACUUCACUUUCCGUCUUGAAAAGGAUGUCCCAGCUGUUGUCCCACAGAGUUAUGGAGAGUCUAUGCUGUACCUGGAUGGAAAGAGGCACUUUGAUGGGACAAUGAGGAACCAUUGUUGAAUAGUCUAGGAUGUACCGACAUCUAUCACUACUGUUACAUGAGU